AUGGAUGUAGAUGAAACUAAUACGCUAGUUGAAAAAUCGAAUAAUGAGAAAAUGAAUGGUGAACUUAAUGAAAAACUGUACGACACUCUCAGGCAUAAGCUAGAAUCAUUAUCGCAAAUAAAGUUUGCAGCUUAUCGUGUUGCUGGUAAACUACGGGUAUUGCAAAAGUAUUUGAAAUUAACAUACGUCGAUUAUAAUGUUCUUGUUCGUGCUUUUAACACGCAUAAAUUACAGUUUGGUGAAGGGGGGACAAUAAAGCAAGACGAAGCUCGAAAAGUAUUAUGUGCCAUCUAUCAACUGUUAUCGCCAUAUCAUUUUAAUGAAUCAAGUAUCGAUGAAACAAUAGACACGUUAUUGGAAAUAAUGAAAGACAUGCUGGAUGCGAAGUCGCAAGAUUUUUUUGAUGUGAAUGCAUUCAAAAUUGUUUUAUUCGCUUUAUCCAAUGCAAAAUUGCCAGAAAAAUAUCGUUGCUUUUUUCGGCAAGUAACACAUCCAAACGUAAUUGCUUCACAAAGCAAAUUAACAGAAUUAUUUGAGAUACUUUUAAAGCUACCAAAUUAUUUUGAUAACGUUGAUCCAUUUCACUACGACAAUAUACCAGCGUGUGUACAAAGCUGUCUCGAUCAUACACACGAUGGUGUUGUACGUGAAGAUAUUUUUGUUAAUUGGAUGGGACGUGAACCUCAAACUCUAGUAUGGCUUCCAACAAUGCAUCGCUUAAUUGCAACAGAAACAGGUUCAUAUCGCUGUUUACGUUGUUUUAAUUAUGAUUUAUGUCAAAAAUGUUUUUUUACUGGCGCUCACGUGCGCACACAUGAUGGUUCACAUCCAAUUGAAGAAUAUUGUAAACAAGUAACACCAUUUGAAGAUUUGAAAGCGUUUUAUGAAUUUAUCAAACUAAAACUUGGGAAUCGAGAAGUAAAACGAAAAGAACGUUAUCUAACGAUCGAGCGUUCAAAAUCAUUUUGCGAUACCCCGGUUUCAUCAGCAAAUAGCUCGAGUCUUUUAAUGAACAAUGGCAUUAAUGGUACAAUGGUUCGACACGAUGAUCUUUCAAGAAAAACUUUAUUAAAUGAAAUAUAUAAACCCAUGCCGAAAAGUGACACAAGUGCAACAACAUUGUCACAUCCAUCCGAUCUAAAUGAGCAAGUUGUGCCAUUAGUUCAUCAAACUGGUUACGAUAAUGUGCCAGAAAAUCAAAUUGGUGCAAAAAAAUUAUCAUCACCAUUAAAGAAAAAAUUAACAAGUGAUGAACCAUUAUCACAAAAAGAACAAGUAAAUGGGAAAACAAAAUCCAAGGGAACUAAAAAUAAUUAUAUGAAUGUAAAUGAAAAUCCAAAUAAUAAGAAAAUUGACUACGCUGUAAUUAACAAAAAAGCAAACAUUCGUCAAGAAUUACCCAUUGAUGGUGCACCACUCAUUUUACCAAAACAACACUCACCAACAAAGAAAAAUUCAUCGAAAAAAAUCGAAGAGCAUUUGUUAUUAACAGAUCAUUAUAAACUACCACCCAUUGAUAAAUCGUCGAAAGAUGAAGAUGAAGGACCACCAUUACCACCGAAACAACGACAAAAUUCGUCUAGGGCAUUAGUCUACGACUUUAUUGGCAGCGAACUUCAAGAGUUGAAAGAAACAUUAGCUCAAUUUGAGGAUAAUAGUUCGAAUAAGAUAUUUACAGGGGAACAUUCAAUAAACAUGACGGAAGAUAGUCGUCGUUUACCUCCCGAUAUGAGAAAUUUACGUGCAUGUCUAUUAUGCUCGUUAAUUAAAAAUGUUAAUAUGUUUGAUGAAGAGGGUUGUGAUAAUUGUGAAGAUUAUUUACAUUUAAAAAACAAUCGUGAUCGUGUUUAUAGGUGUACAUCAUCGAAUUUUGAAGGUAUGAUUGCAUUAAUGCAACCAGAAGAAAGUUGGGUAGCAAAAUGGCAACGAAUUGAUCGUCAUUGCAAAGGUUUAUAUGCUGUAUCAGUUACAGGCACAUUGCCACGAGACAUACAACGAGAUUUACAAAGAACUAUUGAGAAACAUUUAAUGUUUUUGACAUCAUUUUCGUGUCAUUGGAAAUUCUGCUUUAUCACUAGUUCAAUAAACAUGACGGAAGAUAGUCGUCGUUUACCUCCCGAUAUGAGAAAUUUACGUGCAUGUCUAUUAUGCUCGUUAAUUAAAAAUGUUAAUAUGUUUGAUGAAGAGGGUUGUGAUAAUUGUGAAGAUUAUUUACAUUUAAAAAACAAUCGUGAUCGUGUUUAUAGGUGUACAUCAUCGAAUUUUGAAGGUAUGAUUGCAUUAAUGCAACCAGAAGAAAGUUGGGUAGCAAAAUGGCAACGAAUUGAUCGUCAUUGCAAAGGUUUAUAUGCUGUAUCAGUUACAGGCACAUUGCCACGAGACAUACAACGAGAUUUACAAAGAAGUGGAAGAUCAUAUCGCUCAAGAGAUCUUAGUUUAAAAACAUAG